UUUUGGCAUAAGACGUCAUUUACUUGCUUCUGUGUUUGUUAUGAUUUAACUAAGCACAUUUGCUCGCUUACAGUCACGUUAAACUUUUUUAAACGAUGUAAAGCGUUUGUUUGUUAUUGGAUGUAACUCCAACACGUUAUAUAAUGUUAUCGAUUGAGAUUUAGUGUGAAUAUACAGCGCGUCAACACGGUCCUGUCAGAAAAUCCGCGCAUUUCUCUCCUGUAAGUUAUCAUUAAUCGUCUAAUCUAAAACACCAAUUCAGUCACCGAAAAUAGAAAUGAAGACGCUGAACUGUUAGAAACCACCGAGUCAAGUGAAUCAAAUGAUUCGGUUAACGAUUCAGUGAAUGGAAUCUCCCGCCGAAGUGUCCCGCAGACAGAGAAACUCCUGCUGAAGCUCAACUCGACCUUAUCUGGAAGAUGUCGCUCAUUAAAGAAGAAAAAGAAGAUAUAAAGAUUGAGAAAACAUUCAAAGUCAAGCAGGAGAAACUCGAGGAACAGACAGAUGAGCAAUUCAGAGCAAGAGUCAAGACGCCAUUCACUCAGAUCACUAUUGUAAAGAUUGAGCCAGCAGAUGUGACGAAACCUACAGAGAUCAGGAAUGUAAAGAUUGAGCCAGCAGAUGUGACGAGACCCACAGAGAUCAGGAAUGUAAAGAUCAAGCCAGCAGAUGUGACGAGACCCACAGGGAUCAGGAAUGUAAAGAUCGAGCCAGCAGAUGUGACAAGACCCACAGGGAUCAGGAAUGCUGAAAUCUACAUUAUCGGGGACAGCUGCGUUCGCUAUGGGGAGAAGCGUGCGAGGGAGACCGUCGGGGUCAACCUGGGUCUGAAUGCCCGUGUCCAGUGGUUUGGCUUCGAUGGUUUGGUGUGGAAAAACCUCCUGCCCUGCUUCCGGCAGUGUCUGAGAACGAGAGCGGUGCCGGAUGUGCUGCUCAUCCACUGUGGUGGGAAUGAUCUCGGGAUCUUUAAGAGUGUGAAGCUGUGUGCAGCGAUAACACAAGAUUUGCGGGAGCUCCACAGAAGUUUCCCUCAGAUGAAGAUGGUCUUCUCCACCAUCACUCAGAGACACAAGUGGGGGUCGCUCCAUCCUAAAAAAAUAGACAGGGCCCGCCGCUUCAUUAACAGUAUGAUGGCUAAGAGUGUUUCGUCUGUCGGUGGCAGCAUUGUGCAACAUCCCCAGAUAAAUUAUCGUGAUCCUGACCUUUUUCACUGUGAUGGAAUUAAUUUCAGUAAUCGGGGAAAUGAUAUAUUUCUGAAAAACAUCACUCGGUGUCUGAAAUUCCACAUGAACUAAUGUGAUGAUGGACUUUGGAUCAACACUUCUAGGAUUGUUGUUGUAGGAUUGUGUCUAGGACACUUCUAUGCUUUGUUUGGUGAGUUUUUUUUUGGUGAAUGUAGUCCUGGUGGGCUGGUGUCCUGCAUAGUUUAGUUCCUACUUCCUUCAACACACCUGCCUGCAAGUUUCUAAUAUAGCUUGAUCAGCUGCUUCAGGUGUGUCUAAAUAGGGUUGGAACUAAACCUUGCAGGGUACCGGCCCUCCAGGACAGAGUUUGGACACCCCUGAUGUAGAGGUUUGUUUUGGUUCAAGACAACUGUUAACAGUGCUGUAUGUGUUUUUGACUCUUCUAUAGCACAAAGUACCUUAACAUAAAUAUGUUCUGAUCUUUAAUGCAAACUGAACAUAAGUGUUCGUCUGAAAAACAUUAUUAAAGUCAGGUAUUCUCCUUUGAA